AUGCCACUCAAAUUGCUUUGCCUGCAUGGUUGGGGCACGAACAUCAAGAGACAAGACGGCUUGAUGACCGAACUCCAACGAGACAACACGGCGACAUUCCAUUUUGUCGAAGGUGACGUUGACUCGGUGCCGGGUCCUGGUAUCGCAGGAUUCUAUGACGGUCCCUACUACAGCUACUACAAGUUCCCCCGGUCGUUUUUUGACCCUGACGGCAGCGAAGAGGAAUCCUUGCUCGAAGCAUACAACCUCCUCUAUGACAUCAUCGACGAGGACGGUCCUUUUGAUGGCAUCCUAGGCUUCUCUCACGGAGGAACCUUGGCUUCAGGCUUCCUUAUUCAUCAUGCGAAGACAUAUCCGCAUGAACCGCCUCUUUUCCGAUGCGCCAUAUUCAUAAAUUCUCUACCACCGUUCCGCAUGAACCCUGGUGAAAACCCUGUAAUCGACCCAGACCUUGACGGUUAUAUCAAAAUACCAACUGUAAGCAUCGCUGGGGCGAAGGACCCCUUGUCCGAGUAUUCGCUUGCAUUGCACAGGUUGUGUGAUCCACCAAAGUCCACGUGGAUAGUGCACACCAAGGCCCACGAUAUUCCCAACGAUAAGAAAAAUGUCGCUUUGAUGGCUGCAGGUAUCCGCAAGUUGGCUAUCGAAGCUUUGGCGAUAUGGUGA